UAAUUUACACAUUUAUUUUUUUCUUCUUGCAUUGACAGCAACAACAGCACAGUAGUAGACACGCUUUAUUGGUAAAUACCAUGAUUAAGUGUUGUAAUCCAAAGCGUAGUAACCAUAUCUUUAUUAACCUUUCAUCAGAACUGGUCAUUUCUACUGUGAUUUUUUUUAUACAUCAGUGUUAUGUUUACUGGAGCGUGUGUGUACUAGUAGUAGUACAGUAGUGGUGCAGUAGUGGUGUAAUGUGCUGGUAAUUCGAUAGUGCUGCACCCACUUCUUCGACGUAAACAACUCUCUCUGAGAUUUCACUCUGCAGGGCAAGGGGUCAUGUGAAAGUUAAGUUUAUUUGCUAUGUUGUUAUUUUAAGUACGUCUUUAAUUGUUUUGUGAGUUAACUGGUUGAUUUAAUGUUUAGCAUGCGAAUUCAAAGCCAAAUCUGGAAUUAUGUGCACAUUUGCCUCUAUAGAUGGAUAGAAUUCAGUACAUUGACUGUCUUUCUGUGUUCAUUAUUUUACAUUGUUUUGGCUUCCAUCAAUUAUGAAAAAAUCGAGGGACAUGUCUGUGACACAAGCCGAGUGUGAUUUUGAGCCACUGGAGGAGCAGGAGGAAAUUAAACCUCAGGUGGCAGUGGUCUGUCGGAACCUCUUUGGUCCCGUAGACCACCAGCAGUUGCAGCAGGACUUUCAGAGACUGUUUUGCAUGAGCGUGGAAGUUGCCAAGCAUCGCUGGAAUUUUGACUUCCAGAGGGACCAGCCGGCCCCCGGCUCCAUUGAGUGGGAGGAGCUGCCAUGCCAGGAUGUGCCGGCCUUCUACCGUAGUUGUGUCGUGAGGGCUGGUAUGGUGAGGUUUAGAGGUGUUUCCUUCUCUUGUUCACCUGCAACUUCUGCAACAGAGAAAUAUGUGGAGCUGCGGAGUAAAGAAACUUUGAGAGGAACCAAGCCAGAGCCGAGGAUGACUGCAUGUUUGAGGGCCAAACGCAAACAAGCCAACAUCACAGACUUUUUCAGAGUGACAAAGAGAAGGCUUCUUCAUCAUAAAAACUCGUAAAGGCAGAGACCAUGAUGCUUCGUUGGACUGUUUUUGUAUACAUGUAUAUACAAUAUGUAGCUCAUGUGUACCACAUGUAGCUCUUAUAACGUCAGGCAGGUGCUUGGAUUCUUAUUUGACUUUGAAAGUCUUCAAAUUAAAAUAUGUUUUUUAUAUUAUAAAUGCAGUAUGCACAUAAACAUUUACUCCCAGUACUUUUUCAGAUUUAAAUGUUACCACAUGGAACCAUGAUGUCUUAACUGAGAAUUAUAAUCACGUCAAUAUUUAUCAAAACGUGUCAUAAUAAAGCAUUAGUAGGAAAUUUACCUUAUCAGUUAACUGAUAAAAAGGUCAGAUAUUAUUGAAUAAUAGUAUCCUCCCUUGCAAACUUCAGUUAAUAUAUUUGAAUUUGUUCACUGAAGGAACAACUAAGUAACAUGUAAAAUUUUAUUAAAUGUAUUGUUGUCACACAAUUAAUUAUGAAAACAUUCAGGAUCCAGAUGUUUUAAUAUCUGUCGUCCAUAUUUAUCGGUGUGCACUGAAUAUGUAUAUUUACAAAAUGUAACAAAUACUGUGAACAUCUCCAAAAAAUGCACUAAGAAAUGAUUGUUUGAAUUGAUUUUGGUAAUGUCAUAACAUAGCAAUUGUCAUGUUUCAAUAUAGUGUAUAAAAUCUAUAGUUUAUUUUAUAUAAACAACAAUGUAGUCAUUUUUUUUUCAUGUAAAAAUUUAUUAUAAAAUGAAGAGUGCCGAAACAUUAAAGGAUGAUUAUCUGAGCCAUUAACUUUUUAUGUCUUAAAACUUGCCUGUAUUUUCAGCAUUCAUUUUUUUAUAAUCUUCUGUAUAUAUUUUAAACAAUUGUGUAUUGUUUUUGUGUGUAUUGGUUAUGUAUUUGCUCAAAUGUAUUUUUAACGAACUUUUAAAGAGGCAGCUGUCACUAAAAACCAAAGUAAUUUCUCCCAAUAAAUACAACCGCUUAAAGCCCUAUGGACUGUUGUUAGUAGAUGAAAGUAAGUCACUAAAUCACCCCAAAUGCUGAGAAUCUCAAAUCAGGCUGUUUGUUGCAUUCAUUUUGUUUUUAGUGACUUUCCAACAGCAGUCAAAUGUAUUUUUAAAAUGUAUUAAUACCCACAAAACUUACUUCUACCUCAGAAAACAAAACAUACCUUUAUUCAGAAGCAUUCACACCUGUAAGAAAUCAUUUAAGAUGUAGCAUUUGUUUUUGUAAUCAUGGAUACGCUGUAUGUUUCCACAGACAUACAGCAGAAUAGUAUGGAUCUUGUAGCAAGGAAAGUAAUUUGUUAUAUGAUGUUAUAUUUGUACCAUGGACGUCCCCGUUAUUUUUUAUCCCGUGUCAUUCUGUUUUGUGGAAAUCUUUCAAGUGCCUAAUGAUAUCACCAGUUUUGUAUUUUCAAUUUUGUACUUUUUUGCACUAAAUGUCAACAUAAUAAUAAUAAAGUGACUUUUAUAAUAUAGCAAAUAUGUCAACGUAAUCAAGGCUUAGUAUUAACAUAUUAUAGCCAUGUGUACUGCUCUGUGAUUGUAUGUUACAACUAUAUUAAAACCUGUUAUAUUAGCUGACUUCACAGAAAUGAUGUAUCUGGUUUAUGUGCAAAAGUCACCCAUAAAAUUAUGCAUUAAGAAUUUAAUUUCCCCUGUAUGUC